AUGCUUAAUAUUAUUGUUGAAAAAAGCCUAUUUGAUGACGAUGUGGAUAUACAUGAUAAAGAAGUGUUGCAGAAGAGGUUCAAUUUUUUGGAGAAAGAAAUGAUAGUACCUCCAAAUAAUAUAAAAACGGUUAUUGAUAAAACGGCUACAUUUGUUAAGAAAAAUGGAAAAAACUUUGAACAGAAAAUAUAUAGAGAAAAAGAAAAGCAAUUUGGUUUUAUUAGUCCUUCACAUCCUUAUUUUUAUUAUUAUCAAUAUAAAUUACACGGUUUAUUUUUGGAUAUUCAAGAAAAGGAUGAAUUAAUUCCUCAUGUUAUUAAAGAAAUAAAAAAAAGAGAAGAUGCAAAUAAAUAUACGAAUAAUGAACAUAUUUUAAAAAUAUGUGAUUUUAUAAAAGAAGAUGAAAAAGAAGAAAGGAAAAAUAUUAUAUAUUCUAUAGAUGAUAUGAAAAAAAAUGAUAAAUUAGAAACUAACAAUAAUUUAAAAAUACAAAUUCAAGAAGAUAUAUAUUCAUUAAUAUCUCCAUUUAUUACAUCUCUAGAUAUUGAUUUAAUAAAAACAACUGCUUUAUUUGUUGCUCGAAAUGGAAAAUCCUUUUUAAACGGAUUAAUUGAAAGAGAAAAAAAUAAUAGCCAAUAUGAUUUUUUAAGAGCUAAUAAUUUAUAUUUUAAUUACUUUUCAAAAUUAAUAGAUAUUUAUUUAAAAUGCUUAUUACCAAGUGAUGAUAUUUUAGAUAAAAUAAAAAACUAUGCAAAUAAUAAAAGUAAUAUCUUAAAUUAUUCUUAUGUUUUAUAUAGUCAUAAUAAGAAAAAAAAGGAAGAAGAAGAACGGAAACUUGAAGAAAAAAAUAAAUCAGACACGUAUUAUGAUUGGACACAUUUUUCUAUUGUAGAAACUAUUAAUUUUGAAGAUGAUUUGAAAAAUUUACCCUGCUCUAUUGAUUUUAAUAAUGUUGAAAAUUAUGUAAUAAGUGAACUUUUUGAUACAGAUAAGAUGUAUACGAAUGAAGAAAAAUUAAAUAAUAUAUCUUAUCACGAAAAGAAUGUUUUUAAGACCUUAGGCAAAGAGGAACUAUAUGAAGAUAAUAAGGGUCAAGAGAUAUUUCUCGAUGAUAAUAAAUAUGAUGCAAAACAUGAUGAAUUAUAUCAUCAAAAAUAUGAAGAUAAGCAUGGUGAACAAAAUGACAAACAAGAUGAUGAUGAAUAUGAUGAUGAUGAACAUGAUGAUGAUGAACAUGAUGAUGAUGAACAUGAUGAUGAUGAAUAUUAUGAUGAACAUGAUGAUGAAUAUGAUGAUGAAUAUGAUGAUGAAUAUGAUGAACUAGAUGAUAAAUUAUAUGAUCAUACUUAUGAAGAUAAUUAUGAUGAUAAUUAUGAAGAUAAACUUAAUAAUAGUUAUAAUAAUUCAAAAGCAUAUGAAGAUUCUAACAAUGUUCAGGAUAAAGCAUAUAAACACAAAAAUGUAGAUAAUAAUGCUGAUUUAGUAAAUGGUGACGUGGAAGGUUUAACUAAAUAUUCUAAUUCACGUAAGAAUCGAAUAUCUAAUGGUAUAAAUAUUAAAGAUAAAUUAUUAAAUAAAAAUAUAAAAAAAUCUAAGAACAAAGAAAAUGUUGUUCCUAAGGCACGUUUUGCAAAAAACAAAAAACACAAAUUUCCUAAAGACAAAAUACAUAAAUGUCCAUUAACAAAUUACCCAGUAGAUAUUAAAGAUAUGUCUAAGCAUUUGAAAACAUUAUUAUUAGAUCCACAAUGGAAAGAACAGAAGGAUAAAUUAUAUGAAAGAGCAAAAAAAGAAUCAUCUUUUAAGCCUUUAGAUGAUAUAGAAGGAAAUCUAUCACUUUUUGUUAUUAAGAGACCUGAUCUUUUUGGAUCUAUUUAUGAAGAAAUUAAUCAACAUUCAACAAAUGAAAAUAAUAAAAAGUCUCAAAUUGAUCAUACAACAAAUGGAAAUGAUAUAUUUAGUUAUAUUCAAAAUAUAUAUACACAAAUUUUACCAGGACCUUCCAUGAAUCAUAUUUCACAAAAUGACACACGUUUAACGAAUAAUAUUUUACCUCCAAAUGAAACAUUAAAACCAAAUUAUAAAGAGAAUAAAUAA